AUAAUUGCAGUCAUUUGCGGAAAGCCGAUUGUCGGUGCUCAUAGUUGCGACUUGCGAGAGAUGAACAUGAAUCCAAUAAAGUGGACCAUGGAGGGGCAGAGGCAGAGGCAGAGGCACCAACGGGUCAAAUCCAAAAUCCAGAACACGCCCUCGUCCUUUUGUAGUUAAAGUGGAUGAAGAGGCGAAGGUUAUUUUCCCUUCGUGAUUCUCUCUUUACUUUAAGGCGUCCAUGUGUGUGAAUCAGAUGCCUUUACUCUCAUCUGCCCUACUACUACUACUCACUCUCACUCUCUUAUAACCCCAUUAUCACUGAAACCACCUCCUCCAUUGCAAUCCCUUUCCUGCUUCUGGGGUUGGGGGUUUCACAUUUGAUUAGCGAAACCAGAGCCCAUCUCCGAGAUCUGUGAUGGUUAUGGGAGUCAACUAUCAGUCGAGCUCGAACAGAGCAGGGGCUUUGGUUGGUGUUUUCGUGCUGCUUUUCCCCGUUUUUCUGCCGGGUUUGUUCAGCCCUUUGAGCCAUGCGUCGCCUUCCAUGUUCUCGGAAUGGAACACUCCAAAGCCUAGGCACUCGCGUCUUCUGAAGAGUGCUGUACAACGCCAAAGUUCAAUACCAGAUCAGUCUGCUUUAUGGGCUCCUUUAGCUGAUGAAGGAUGGAGGCCUUGUGUCGAAUCUUCAAAAGCUUCUUCACUUCCAGAGAAGUCCGAAGGAUAUAUUCAGGUGUUUCUUGAUGGAGGGCUGAACCAGCAAAGAAUGGGAAUAUGUGAUGCAGUUGCUGUUGCCAAAAUUCUCAAUGCAACCCUUGUGAUUCCGCACCUUGAGAUUAAUCCUGUCUGGAAAGAUUCAAGUUCUUUCGUCGAUAUAUUUGAUGUGGAUCACUUUAUUAAUGUAUUGAGGGAUGACAUUUCUAUAGUUAAAGAGCUGCCAGCUGAAUUUUCUUGGAGUACUAGAGAAUAUUAUGCUACAGCUAUUCGAGCUACUAGAGUAAAAACAGCGCCUGUUCAUGCUUCAGCCAACUGGUAUCAGGAGAAUGUCUUACCGGUACUACAGAGAUAUGGUAUUGCUGCCAUUGCACCCUUCUCACACCGUCUAGCUUUUGAGAACUUGCCUGAUGAGAUACAACGGCUCCGCUGUAAGGUUAACUUUCAAGCAUUGACUUUUGUUCCCCAUAUCCAAGCACUGGGAGACGCUCUCAUCAGUCGGCUGCGAUAUCCUCCGAAUAAAAGUGAAUCAAAGGAUGCUAACUACCUAAGCAAGACUAACCAUGCAAAGGAGCAAGGCCCAAGGAAGUUUGUUGUACUACACCUCCGAUUUGACAAGGACAUGGCAGCUCAUUCAGCCUGUGAUUUUGGUGGGGGGAAAGCUGAAAAACUUGCUUUGGCCAAAUACCGUCAAGUGCUCUGGCAGGGAAGGGUCCUUAACUCUCAGUUCACAGACGAGGAGUUGCGGAGUCAGGGGCGCUGCCCUUUGACCCCAGAAGAGAUCGGCUUGCUGCUGGCUGCUUUGGGUUUUGACAACAAUACCCGUCUUUAUCUGGCCUCCCAUAAGGUAUAUGGUGGAGAAGCUAGGAUUUCGACUUUGCGGAGUCUUUUCCCAUUGAUGGAAGACAAAAAGAGCCUCACUUCUGGAAACGAACUAGCCCAAAUCAAAGGAAAGGCUUCUUUGCUAGCUGCAGUUGAUUAUUAUGUUAGCAUGCACAGUGACAUUUUUAUUUCGGCUUCUCCUGGCAAUAUGCAUAAUGCCAUGGUGGGACAUCGGACGUACGAGAAUUUGAAAACCAUAAGACCAAACAUGGCAUUGUUGGGACAGCUUUUCAUGAACAAAAGCAUCAUUUGGUCAGACUUUCAGCAGGCCACUGUAGAAGGCCACAAAAACAGACAAGGACAAGUAAGGUUGAGAAAGCCAAAGCAGUCAAUAUACACAUAUCCAGCUCCUGAUUGUGUUUGCCACGCUUAAAUGGUGUUAUUUACUGGAUGCCACUUUCUGUCACAAAAAACAGGCCACGCUUAAUGAUUCUGCUUGAUGAUUCUGCAGCUAUUGUUUGUGGUAGUAAUCUGUUGAAUAAAAAUUCGAUCUUCCGAUCUGUUGGCCUGAUCACACGACGUAUUUCAAGAACCAGUGUGAGGAAGAACUAUUGUAGUUUGUAAAGCUGUGAAGGACAACUGAGAAGGCUUUAUGUCUUCUGGGUCCGAUUAAGAUUAAUGCAGUAUGCAGUAGUAUGCUAAUUAUCUUCAGAUUAUUGACAAAUUAUCUUAUUGUUGUAAUGAAUUACCCACUCUAUGUAUAGAUUUUGUUUAUACAAAACCAUCCGUCUUCAGUGCGAU